GGAGCUGCUGCUGGAGAGAGGGAGAAGCAGUUGCCACCGCAGAAGAGCAACAGAAGUGCCACCGUCAGAGCCCCCUACAGUGUGACCAUCAGAGAGCACAGACCUGCGCUGGGCGGCGGAUAUGACCUGGGCUCAGCUGUAGAAAAUGAGUGAGGAAUCCGAGUCUCUUAACGAGGAGGAACGAAGUUCAUUUCGUCCGUUUACCCGAGACAGUCUAGCUGCUAUAGAAGCACGGGUAGCGGAGGAAAAUGCAAAGAAGAAUGAACUACAAAAGAAGAAGGAGGAGGGAGAGGGAGGUGGAUUGAAAUUUGGAAGGAAAAAGAAAGAAGCUGUCUAUAAUGACGAUGACGACGAUGAAGGACCACAGGCAGAUCCUAACUUGGAACAGGGGAUGCCCGUUCCGAACCGCCUCAUACAGCAGUUCCCCGAGGACUUGGUGGGCACGCCCCUCGAGGACAUCGAUCCUUUCUACCAUAACCAGAAG